GCAUCCCAGCUGCAAUCUGCAGAUCCAGUCCAGGCUGCCAUCAGGUGCAGGAGCUACUGCCUCCCCCCAGCAUCUGGGAGACCUACAAGAGGAUUAUUCCUUGCUGAGAGAGCUUGACUCUUCAGGGAACGGUGGGCUUCCUAUGUAAAUCUUGGCCACCAAUCAGUCAAUGUACCAGCUCUGCUCUCUAGCCAAGGGGAAGUCAUGAGGAUCUCAUGAGAAGACUGCAAAGCCUUUGACAAUGUUUCUCAGUUCAAAGGAACCGCUGCACCUGGAAGAAAGCCUGAAAAUGAUGUGAAACUUUAUGAAAGUGUUGAGAGAUGGUAUUACGAGAUGUCCGGGGACUAUGAAGAGGAUGUUUGCAGCAUCACAGUGAGGUUGAUGAAAGAACUUUGCUACAAGAAUGAACAAGAUGAAAAAUGUCUGGAAUUUUAUGAAAUACAGCGAAACCUUGGGCUGACACGCUAUACAGACUCAGAGGUCUCCGUCAGUCUUCUAUCGGUUAUUGUCACCUUCUGCGGAAUAGUUCUCCUUGGAGUCUUGCUCUUUGUCUCUUGGAAGUUAUGCUGGAUUCCAUGGAGGGACAAAGGUUCAACUCAGAAGAAGGAUCAUGGACACCAUGGCCACCUCCACCACUCCCACUAUGGGGAUUUAUUGGUGGAGCGUGUAGAGCUUGGACAGGAGAUGCCAGAACGUUCAUAUUUGGACAUGGACUCUUACCCAGAAACCAACAUUAAAAUAAGUCAGACAUCUCCUGACAUACCAGUUGACAGCCAGGGUGUGGCCAAGGAAUCUCAGAUGCCUUAUGCACAGUCACACCAGCAAGUGGCUAACAUUGUUCCGACUACCAGAUACAACACACUGCCCAGGCCUAUGACACAGCAGUUAUCCAGUCCUGACUUUUCAGGUCAUGUGGAUGAAAAACCAGAGCAGGCCACCAGUAUUGGUCAGAUUAAACCAGAGCUAUACAAGCAGCGGUCAGCUGAUGCAGAGAUGAAGAAGCAGGAGGCCACUAGCUGUGGACGCAUUAGCUUCAUCCUACGCUAUGGCUACAACACAGAGCAACUGGUUGUAAAGAUAUUGAAAGCUCUAGACCUACCAGCAAAGGAUUCCAAUGGGUUUUCAGAUCCAUACGUGAAGAUGUAUCUACUGCCUGACCGAAAGAAAAAGUUCCAGACUAAAGUUCACCGCAAGACUCUUAACCCAAUCUUUAAUGAGACAUUCCAUUUUAAUGUGCCCUAUAACGACCUCCAGAACCGCAAACUCCACUUCAGCAUCUAUGACUUUGACAGAUUCACCCGACAUGACCUCAUUGGACAGGUGGUGUUGGAUAACUUGCUGGAUUUCUCAAAUCCUUCGGAAGAAACCCCCAUCUGGAGAGACAUCUUGGAAGCCAGUUCCGAAAAAGCUGACUUGGGGGAAAUCAACUUUUCUCUGUGUUACCUCCCGACUGCCGGCCGCCUUACUGUCACGAUCAUUAAAGCAACAAACCUGAAGGCAAUGGAUUUGACUGGUUUCUCAGAUCCAUAUGUGAAAGCAUCUCUGAUCUGUGAAGGCCGGAGGCUGAAAAAGAGAAAAACAUCAAUUAAGAAGAAUACGCUGAACCCAACCUAUAACGAGGCGCUUGUGUUUGACAUUCCUAAUGAAAAUAUGGACCAUGUGAGCCUCACAAUUGCAGUUAUGGAUUAUGAUUGUAUAGGUCACAAUGAGGUUAUUGGAAUGUGUCGUGUGGGCAGUGAUGCCGACAUGCCAGGAAGGGAACAUUGGACUGAGAUGCUGGCAAAUCCCAGAAAACCAAUUGAACACUGGCAUCAACUGGUUGAGGAAAAGGCUUUGACUGCAUUUGUGACAAAAUCUUCCCCACCUCGGGAAAAGCCAAGUAUAAUAGUGGACAAUACACUUUCUGACUAGUUGAUUCCACUAUCUAGGAAGAGAGAAGCAGAUCAGGAGAGCUGUAUUUGAGCUGAAGGCUUGCUCUAUCUGUUUCCUCUUCAUCUGACAUUUUAAUGAGGAGGGCACCAGACUCCCAAGAAUGGCAAAAGAAAGACAAGGCUGUAAAGAAAUGUAGAUUUACUUAAAGCCAUAGAGUAAUCAUGUACAUUUUGGAUGGAACUGUAAUGAGCCAUGGCAAACUCUUACCUGCUUUUUCACCAUGGAUGGGGAUAUUGGAUGCUGCCUGAAUUGACACUCCUAAUUUCAAACUCCAGCAAUGCACUAAACAGCGCAUGGAUGAUACAGAAGAGAUGAACUGUACAGUACAAAAUCUUGAAGAUGAAGCAGCUAUUAAGUAACAUUAAGUCUGAGUGAUCUGCAUGUAAAGGGAAAGCCUCUCCUCUCAGCGUCAUUUUGCUCUGAGGGAAGAACGUAGUGCUUGACUGCCAAAGCAAUUCCACUAUGGUCUUUCGACUCAUUUUACAGCUAUACGCUUGGUGUCAGUGUUGGCCUCAUUCUUUGAGUGUCUCCCAUAAGAACACCAACUCUAUUGAAAACUGAAAAAAAAGCUUCAUAAAGAUCAUUGUGUACCACACUCACACAUUUACUUUACCAUCGUGAGACCGAUUGUUUUGGUAAAUAGUUGUUGGACCAUGGACACCAAGAGAACUUCCUAGGCUCUUGCCAUGAGAUGUAAGCACUUUUCUGUCGACUGUCUUUCUAUUGAUUUAUGUAAUAAUGUAAAUUCUGUGUGUGUGAGGCUGAUAGCAGUGUCAAGUUGAGUGGUAUUUGAUGGUUUUCCCAUUCAUGUAAGUUUACCAUUGGUAUUAUGGUGACUGACAAUUCACAAUAUGGUCAGUUGUCCUAUGUUUCCGGUGAUGAUCACAAUUGUCCAAAGGGUUUGUCUUCCAUCCCUGACAUGGACCAUGGGUUCUGAUGAUUGUUUUCCAGUGCAAGAUUAUAGUUUAUAUAGAAGAUGUGGUAUACUUGCUUAUAGAUUUGAUCAAAAACCUUAUUCUUUUACUAAAAUUUAUGCCAGCUGAAUGCCACUCGGCCUUUUUCAUAAACGUUGUGGCCUACUAAUCAACUUUGUGCCUAAUGGCUUUGAAGAUAAAUGUAUUAUUGAGAUUUAUUGGGAGAAACAGAUAUUAUUCUAACUAUAAUAUUACAAUAACAAGAGAUAUAUAUUCCCAAGCCUGUAUCUACAUGUAAUCUAGAAUAAUGAAGAGUACACAUGGUCAUUCAAAAACCACAAGAAGCAAAAUUGGAUACAGUGAAUCCAUACAUGUGCGUAAUGGUGACCUAUGUAUAGUAAUUCUGCACCUGACUCUGUUUUUGUUUCAGUACAUCUUCAGUCCUACAAGCUAUGUUUCUUGAUAAUGUCUUAACAUUGCAGUUGCUUAAUGGAGCGUGUGCAAUAUCCACUUGUCGAUUAAAAUCAUCUGGAUGUCGUCAUGAUUUCCAUCUUGUUGACCGUUUACAGAUGUUUGGAUUUUAAGUGACUUUUAGCCAUCAAUUCACUUCAAAAUGGUUAUUUUCCCUAUCCCUUUGUAUAUUUUAUGGAUGUUGAAAGUGACCCUUUCACACCAUUUUAGGUACAAAGUUGUGUGCUGAUUAAUUUCUUAAUACAUAUUUUUAAAGUUCAGAACUUCACUUUUCUAAUGCAAAGCUCCAACUUCCCUACCUAGACAUAGAAUUAAAUUAAAUAAUUAUGUCUUCCUUCAGUCAUCAAUAGGUAUAGCCUAGGAAAUUGCUGCAUACAAUUUAUAUAUUGAACCCUGUAAUAGAAAAGUAUGCAGUAAGCUCCUAAACUUCCUCUUGUCAUGGUUGCAGGCAGUCAGAAUAUUAUAUUUUAAAUCUUUCUCUGCAGAAGGUCUGUACCUAAAAAUUGGAGCUUCAACCACUAUAAAGAUAAAUGAAAUUAAUCAGAACAGAAUUUUGGAAUUGAAAAUGCCAUGGUGUUAAAAAGGUGAAAAUUCACUUUAGAAAGGAAGAUGGGAUAGCUAAGUCUUAAUACUGAAAGGGGAAAUUUGAAGGGUCAUGUGUACAUGUCAUAUCAUCUUGAUACGAACAAAAAUAAAAUGUGAAAUUUUGAAUUUCAUGAUGAAAUUCUCUUUGUAUGAGGAACAGUCCAUAAUAUUAUGCUUACAAUUUUGGCUAUUUGCAAAGGGGCAUAAAAGAGCUUGACCUAUAUGAUGCGUUCCUCUUGGGUGGUCUUUCUUUGGGUGCUAGCACUUUUCCUCCAAAUUUAUCUACAUCAAUUGGAUUCACUGAGGAUUGCAUGGACUUCAUAGCAUGCUCUAAAAAUAGCAAUUGCA